AUGUGGAGGGCGGUGGCUAACGUCCUGCCGAGGGCCAAAGUCCCCGGAGGCAGGGCGUGCUGCCUGCCGCCGGCGCAGAAGGGCAGGAGCCCGCUCACCGGGACCACUCGCCAUCGCUGGCGGGGCGCUGCUCCGGAGGUCCGCACCGCCCGGCCGCUCAGCAUGAACCCGGGGAUACAGAAGGUGGAAGCUCUGGACGCGGGUCAUUUCGUCCGCGUGGAGUGGGAGGACGGGAGCGAGAGCCGCUACCCCUGCGUCUGGCUGAGGGACAACUGCCAGUGUCCCUGCUGCUUCCUGCGCUCGGCCGGGGCGCGCAGGCUGGUCUUCGAGGACCUGGAUGUGAACAUCGUGGUGAAGGAAGUCACUCUGGCAGAUAGGAAAAAGAUCUCUAUUACAUGGCCUGAUGAACACGCAAGCGAAUAUGAAGCUGAGUGGUUGAAAAAACGAUGCUUCUCUGAAGAAGCCAGAGCAGAAAUGCGAGAAGAUUUAUUUUUACCAGAAUGCCAGUACUGGGGCUCAGACCUGCAACUUCCCAAAAUACCUUUUGAAGAAAUCAUGUACAACGAUGAAAGUGCGUACAAGUGGUUGUGCACCCUAAAGAAAGUAGGAAUCGUGCUACUAACAGGAGCUGCUACUAGGCAGGGAGAGUUGGUUAAGCUUGGCCACAGGAUUGGGUUCCUGCGUCUCACUUUUUAUGGACCAACUUGGCAAGUGCAAGACAAAGCAGAUGCUAACAAUGUAGCUUAUACAACCGGGAAACUAUGUUUUCACACCGAUUACCCUGUUCUGCAGCAUCCACCUGGGGUUCAGUUUCUCCAUUGUAUAAAGCAAACAGCUGCAGGAGGUGAAAGUGAAGUUGUAGAUGGAUUUCACGUAUCCAACAAGCUGAAGAAACAAAAUCCUCAGGCGUAUCAAAUCCUGUCUUCUACUGCUGUAGACUAUACAGAUGUUGGGGUGGACUACUGUGAUUUUGCUGUGCAAUGUAAACAAAGGAUUAUAGACGUGGAUUCCAGAGGCCAAGUAGUUCGCAUCAAUUAUAAUAAUGCAACAAGAGACACAGUGUUUGACAUACCAGCUGAAAAAGUGAGACCGUUUUAUGCAGCUCUAAAGGAAUUUGAUGAUUUAUUAAACAGCGCAGAACACAAGUUUACUUACAAGCUGAAACAAGGAGACAUAGUGACGUUUGAUAACUGGCGCGUGCUUCAUGGUCGUCAAAGCUACCAGUCGGGAUCAGAAGUGACUCGCCACCUGGAAGGUGCCUAUGCAGACUGGGAUGUGGUCAUGUCAAGGCUCCGGCUCCUCAGGAAGAGGGUCCUGAAUAGGGACUGAGCUUUCGUCUAACUAAAAUGAGCAAAACCUAGAUUGUCUAAC